UCUCUGCAGCUCCAGUCGGACUCCACCGGUCAAGAUGGCGGACAGACCAGUUCCUGUUGCUGAGAGGCGUCUGAUGGAUGUGAAACUGGGCGAGUUGGGAAGCUGGCUUGGAGCAAGAGACUUCACCCCCAAUGGAAUCAUCUCUGCCAUCCGCAGGGGCCACGACAGAUACUUCAACAAAUACAUUAACGUAAAGAAGGGAGGCAUUGGCGGUGUUGCUAUGCUGCUCGCUGGUUACGUGGUCAUCAGCUACAUUUGGGAGUACGACCACAUCAAACAUGAUCGUUGGAGGAAGUACCACUAACAAGCCCCAUCAGAUUUUCUGGGUUGGCAACUUUUUGCUUUCCCAGCUCUUGUUCAGUAUGUGACCAAUAAACAAAUUUAAGAGUUA